AUGGGUUAUAAAGAAUCAGCGAUGGAUGCUGCAAAUAUAUGUGAUAUUGAUAUUACUGGAACAAUUAAAAAAAUGGAUUCGAGAUUUCCAACUGGAAGGCUUUUAAUCACAGGAAUUUUUGUAGUUCUUGGUGGUGGAUUCAAUUUUGGCUUUCAAGUCUCAGUAAUUAAUCCGAUGGGUGAAUCAUUACAAAGAUUUCUCUUACAAUCUUUGCAAAGUCGUUAUGGUAUUAAUUUUUCUGAGUUAUCAAUUCGAGUAUUUUGGUCAUCCGUUGCUGCUAUAAUAUUUAUUGGAGCAGUAAUUGGAGCAUCACUGAUAACAUCAAUUAUAAAGUAUUUUGGUUCACGAUUCUUGUUCAUACUUAUUGGAACUUUAAUGAUUAUUUCGGUCUUUUUAUCACCGUUAUCAAAGCAUACAAAUAUCGCAGAACUUUUUAUUUUGUCACGAUUUUUUGUUGGUAUUUGUAUUGGCAUGGGCACUACAGUACAAGGUGUAUUCUUAACAGAAAUAAGCCCAGUCUCUUGUCGUGGUUUUAUGGGAACAUUAAUUGGUUUAUCCACAAAUAUCGGUGCUAUACUUGCAUCAGCGAUUGGUUUGCCUCAAAUAUUUGGCACUGAUAACUUAUGGCCUUAUGCUUACUAUGUAGAAUUGAUUGCUUGUAUUAUGCAUGUUUUGUAUUCAACUUUUUUUCUUCAAGAAAAUCCAAAAUAUUUUUUACGAAGAGAAAAUGAACAAUCAGCAAACAAAGAGACUAACUUUCAUGGUGAUGAGAAAGACGUAGAUGAAACGUUGAAAGAACACGCUGAAACUGACGUUGAAGAGAAGAAAUUUAGUUGGAUAACAUUCUUGACUGAUAGGACAAGCCGGAAAACGCUUACCAUUUCGAUUUUAUUGAACUGUACCGUAAGUUUUAGUGGUAUAAUGGCAAUGGUAUUUUUUGGUACAUCUCUUCUUGGCACUGCAGGUUUUACACCAAAUAGAGCUGCAAUCGCGAAUUUCUUAGCAGGUUUUUCUGGUACCAUUGGUAUUCUCAUCCAAGCUGUUACUAUUGACAAAAUGGGACGGCGUAUUUUGCUGCUUGGAAGUUUGCUUAGCUUAAUAACGAUAAAUGCUGGGAUGAUGACUUUAGUAUGGAUUUUUGAACAUAAUAGUAAUUUUUGGAUUGGAUAUUGCUUUUUAAUUCUCUUUGUGCUUUUCCUGUUUUUCUUCAGUAUUGGCAUAGGGCCGUUGGCUUGGUUCAUUGGAGCUGAACUAGCUCAACCUCAAGAUCGAGCUCGAGUACAGUCGUUAUCUACUUCAGCUCAGUAUAUUACUUGUUUCCUUUGUCCCAUUCUGUAUUUACCUUGCCAAAAACUAAUCGGACCUUUUAGUUUCCUUAUUUUUAUUUGUCCUUUAGUCUUCGCUACUUACUACGUUUACUUUAACAUGCCUGAAACUCGAAAUUGCACUUCAGAAGAGAUCUAUCGUUUGUUGCAACUUGGCAAGUUUCGCUGA